AUGGCGGACGAUGGCAUGCUCCUCAAUUUCGAGAUUGGCGAUGCCCCCUUGAAGAGCCAAGUCAAGUUCAAGGGCGGCCGCUGGCGCGAUCGACUCAAGGCACAGAGGAGCGCCAAACAAUCGCACGAAGAUGGUCCCUCCUCGACCCCGCCAAGGAACAGGACAACCGUUGGUGGCUAUGAUGCGGGCAGGUUGGGGAAACGGCCCAGGACGGAGGAUGGGGAGUCUCACAGAUACGCAAAGGUACCGAGGACGAGCGAUGCCGCCCCCAAGGCACCCAGCCACGCCAUGAAAACCGGCCAGAUCUCGUCGAGCCUAUUCACGUCGAACCCAUCGGCCGUUACCGACUUCGACCAGCCACCAGCCGAGGAGGAAGCCGAGCCGGCGAAAGCAUCCAACGCACCGCUGUCCGAAGAGGCCGAGAACUUCCACUCCCUGGGCGUCUCACGGCGCGUGGCCCAGCACCUGGCGACGAAGCUCGAGAUGAAGGCCCCGACCGCCAUCCAAAAAAACACGGUGCCGCAGCUGAUCAACGGGGAUAGUGAUGCCUUUCUUCAAGCCGAGACUGGUUCGGGAAAGACAUUGGCAUAUCUCCUCCCGAUCGUACACCGGAUCAUGUCCCUCAGCCUGAACGAGGACGGCACGCCCAAGGACACCAAGGUACAUCGGAAUUCUGGUCUGUUUGCCAUCAUCAUGGCACCCACACGCGAACUGUGCAAGCAGAUCUCCGUCGUGUUGGAAAAGGUGUUGCGAUGCGCCCCGUGGCUGGUCUGCACCACCGUCAUCGGUGGGGAGAGCAAGAAGUCGGAGAAAGCAAGGAUACGGAAGGGAGUAAACAUCUUGAUUGCCACGCCUGGUCGGUUAGCAGAUCACCUCGACAACACCAAGGUUCUCAACGUCGGCACGGUGCGAUGGCUGGUACUCGACGAAGGCGAUCGCAUGAUGGAAAUGGGCUUCGAAGACGACAUCAAGACCAUCGUGGGCAAGAUUAGGGCGGACAAAUUGGAGAAAGUGAAUGCCGAGGGUGUCGUGUUGGAUGGCGUACUGCCUUCGAGGCGGGUGACCGUUCUUUGCUCAGCAACCAUGAAGAUGAACGUGCAGAAGCUGGGCGAGAUCAGUUUGGAGGACGCCAUCCACAUCAUGGCAGCCAAGUCUGAGUCGGAUGGGGACGCCGACGCCGUAUUCGCUGCGCCCUCGCAGCUGAAGCAAUCCUGCAUAGUCACACCGGCCAAGCUACGCCUGGUGACCUUGAUUGCUCUAUUGAAGUCGACAUUCGCAAGGAGAGGGUCCGUCAUGAAGGCAAUCAUUUUCAUCUCAUGUGCUGAUUCCGUCGACUUCCACUACCAACUACUCAAGGACACAAAAGCGGUAGAACCACCGACUCCGGACUCCUCAUCAACAAAAGACCGCAACCCCCAUACAGACACGACCGUGGCCCGGGCGGCUUACAUAACAUCACCGGCAAACCCGAAGGUGAUGCUGCACAAGCUCCAUGGCUCACUUGCACAGCCGGUGCGCUCAGCAACGCUAAACGCGUUCUCGGCCUGUAAGGAUCCAGCCGUUCUCAUCACCACCGAUAUCUCGUCCCGCGGGCUCGACGUGCCGGCAGUCGACCUCGUCAUCGAAUACGACCCAGCAUUUGCCGUACCAGACCACGUCCAUCGUAUUGGUCGUACUGCCCGUGCCGGUCGUGCGGGCAAAGCAGUGCUCUUCCUCCUCCCCGGCUGCGAAGAGGGCUACACCACCAUCCUCAACUCAUCAACACCCAUCGCCCCGCAGCUCUACGAAUCCAUCCUCCAAAAAGGGCUUGCCUCGGUCGUCAACCUUCCCUCUACACACACCACCUCCGAAACAGACAAGCAGACCUGGUCAACGCGCGCCGAAGCACUCCAACUGCAUCUCGAGCAGCGGCUGCUCGCCAACCCCGCCGGCGCCGACGACGACGCAGACGACAACCCCAACCCCUUCAGAGGCAACAAGGGCAACCACAACAACAACACCAAACCCAAGUCCAAACAAUAUAAACCGAAAAUCGACAACCCGCUACUCGACGCGGCGCGCCAGGCAUUCCGGUCGCACAUCCGCGCGUACGCAACACACGUACGCGAAGAGCGCGUCUACUUUGACAUCCUGCAGCUGCACCUCGGGCACUUGGCCAAGGCAUUUGCGCUACGGGAACCGCCGGGCGGCAUCGGUGGCGGUGUGGCGCGGCGGACACACACGGCGGCGAAUAAGGCGGCCGCGGAAAGGAAGUCUAAGGUUUCGGGCGGUGGCGGUGGUGGAGGGAGGGUGGGCUUUGGGAGGGGAGCGGCGGAUGAUGAUGGGGAUGGGGUGGGGGCGGUGGAUGAGGAUGCGGCGAGGCGGAUGCGGGAGAAGAUGCGCAUGGUUAUGAAUGCGUCGAGCGAGUUUAAUAUUGGGUGA